AUGUUAAAUUUAAUGUUAAAGAUGAAAAUAUUUAUAUUUAUAUUAUAUUUUUUAAUAUCAUAUGUCAACUCAUCUACCUAUUCACCAUCCACUUAUCCUAAUCCCACUAAAGCUAAUGGAUUUAAAGAAUGUAACAUGAAAUCUAUAUCAAAUAUUUGUGAUCCAGAUGAAGUUUUGUCAUUUUCUGAUAGGUAUCGAUUAGAUUAUGAAUUAAGAAAGAUGAAUGAAAGAACUGCCGGAAGUAGUGGAUCACAUUGUUCAAUUUCUGGUGUUAAAGCUGUUCUUGUUAUAGCAUCAGAUGUAAAUCAAAAUUUUGCAGAUCAAUUAAAUAAAAAUUGGAAUCUUGAUGGUCAAUGUAAAAAAUCAGUUAUAUUUGUUUUAGAUUCAGGAACAAAUAGAUUAUAUUAUUCCACAGAAAGUGACAGUGGUGUUGAUACAGCACAAUUUUUGGCAAUAAUUGCAGGUAAUCAAAAUUUGUUACGUUCAGGAGAUUAUGCCAAAGGAUUACAAAAUAUUUUUAAACAAAUUGGUGGAGAAACAGGAACAUUUACUUCAUCACAAUCAACUACCAGUAAACCAAAAUCACUUUCAUCUUCAUCAUCAAGUAUAAAGAAUGCACUUGUUCCACCUGGAUCAAAAAGAGAAAAAGUUUUGAAUACAUUAGGAACAAUAUGGAAUGUUAUUAAUAAAAAUAAUGGAUAA